AUGUCAUCCAACGCCAACAACAAGGACAAUACCUUCCCUAGCGAGGAGAUCCUCAGCCGCAAGUGGGAUGAAUGCAUCUCGAACGUGAUUGUCAAGUCCGGCAUUGGUCUCAGCGUUGGUAUCGUCGCCUCGGCCCUCCUCUUCAAGAAGCGCUCGUGGCCCAUCUCAGUGUCGACCGGUCUGGGUUUGGGAUAUGCUCUUUCACAAUGUGAGCGCAACUUCAACCCAACCUUGGUACCUGCCGUCAAGAACGCCCAGGAGAAGAAAUAA